AUGGACACACUGUUUAUGAACAACACUGAUGUGGAGGUUUUGCUUCUCUGCUUCCCACAUGAGCCUGACUCCUGUCUACAAACGACACGUUUCUUUGUCAUAAGAGUGGCCAUGUACUUCUUAACACUAACUACAAUCCUUAUGACUGUUUUUGGAAAUCUGCUGGUCAUCAUCACAAUUUCCCAUUUUAAGCAGUUCCAUUUGCCAACUAACUUCAUCGUCCUGUCUUUAGCCUUUGUGGACUUUAUGUUGGGCUGUCUGGUCAUGCCUUUCAGUAUGGUGAGAUGGGUGGAAGGCUGCUGGUUCUUGGGAGAUCUGUUAUGUCAAAUCCAUUCCAGUUUAGACAUGACUCUAAGUGUUGCAUCUAUCCUGCACCUGUGUUUGGUUUCUAUCGACAGGUACAUGGCUAUUACUGACCCUCUGGGUUAUAAGGCAAAGGUGACAAAUGGAAAUGUCAUCGUUUGUAUCGCCAUCAUUUGGAUUUUUUCUUGCAUGUUCAGCUUUGGAAUUGUGUUUUCCAAAAUUAACAUUGAUGGUCUGGAUGAACAAAUGUUAAACUCUUGUGUUGGGAAUUGUGCUUUGAUUUUUAACAAGGAAUGGGGUGUUAUUGCUCCACUUCUUAACUUUUAUAUUCCAGGAGCUAUAAUGACCUGUUUGUACCUCAAAAUAUUUUAUGUAGCAAAAAAACAGGCCAGAUUAAUUUCUGACAGGACCACUACACUUACAUCUGUUGAAACAAAAAAACACAUAUCAGAUCAGAGGGAGAGAAAAGCAGCUAAAACUCUCGGUAUUGUUAUGGGUGUUUUUCUUCUAUGUUGGCUUCCUUUUUUUCUCACCACAGUUAGUGAUCCAUUUCUCAACUUUUCAACGCCUCUUGAGGUUUUUGAUGCACUGGUCUGGUUUGGUUAUUUUAAUUCCAUGUUUAACCCUCUAAUCUAUGGAUUUUUCUAUCCACGUUUUCAGAAAGCAUUUAAAAUCAUAAUUGUAAGAUACCUUUUUCACCUGAAAAACUCAAACAACUUAGUGCUUCAGUGA